AUGCCCUACGAGAUCCUGGUGGAUGAUCCCAAGCUGAUCAAGACUAUUAAAAACCAGCUCGAAGCUGACCGUUGCUUUGUGAAGCCCGUGUAUUCAUGCGGCGAUUACAGGGUCCUAAGAACAUCAAUCACCGAUUGCACCGAUCCACGACUUGAAGGGUUUACUACAAGGAAGUAUGAGUUGAAGGAAGUUGCAGAACAGGGUAUUGUUGGUUUUACUCAGAGGUUUCUCGAGAGACAUGCGGUUGAAAACAUUAAUGAGUUAUUGAAAUGUCUUCCCUUGCGCUAUACUGUUUACACGCCAUUACUGCUGUUCAAUUUCUCAAAGCAGAGGUCAUUUAAACACCCAGCAUGGGUAUCUUUCUUCCGUGACGAGGGUGAAGAAGUCAAGAAUUCAUAUUUUAGUGAUUUACUCAGAACUUUAUUCCCAAAAGAAGUGACUCAUGUGGCCAUCAACAUGCCCAUCAUUGAGACCGAUGUAAUGCGUCGACCGUUCAACAUUUCGCCACUUUAUGGUGAACUUAUAUCGCCGCAAUUGCACACAAAUGACCGACUAUGGGACCACCCCCAACCAAGCGACUUUGAUGGCACUGUGUGGUGCCACGUUACACAGAAUGGGAUUAAGCAAUUCUGGGCUCCAAUGUUCACCAUGUUCAGCAGGGGUAACAUUAAAGAGAAGAAGCGAGUACUCGAUACGUUUGUUGAGAUUCAAGACAACGAUGUGGUCGACUUAUACGCUGGAAUUGGCUAUUUUACACUCAGCUAUCUUAAGCGUGGGGCCCGAAAUGUAUUCUGCUUCGAGUUAAACCCAUGGAGCGUUGAAGCGCUACGCAGAGGCCUUGAAGCCAAUAAUUUCGAACAAGACAGGUGUCACAUCUACAACGAGUCAAAUGAAUGGAGCACACAGAGGCUAAAGGAACAUUCUUCGAAAUUAAGAGUGCGGCACAUCAAUUUGGGUCUUCUUCCCUCUAGCAAGCCCGGUUGGCCUUUGGCACUUGCCAUAAUCUCAUUACAACAAUCUCUCCCGAUUGUGACACUCCAUAUCCAUGAAAAUGUUCACAUCAAUGCACUCAAUGAUAACACAUUCAUUUCACAAGCCCUAAGCGAGCUCAAGACCCACAAUGGGUCUUAUGAGUAUUCAGCGAUCCAUCUAGAGAAGAUCAAGACGUUUGCACCCGACGUGUGGCACGUUUGCCUCGAUGUAGACGUUCAUACUACCUUAUAG